CAAACAUCUUGCUCACUGAUAAGUCUUCACUCACACUUUUUGACUCAAAAAGGUAAGGUGGCUGGUGCCGUCUUAAUGACAGCUUGAACCAUUCAAUGAACAGUUGCUGUGACUAUAACAAUACUGCUGCACAGUUGGACUUGGAACUCCCCUUGGGAAUCAGACACAGGGAUGAUGGACCCGCACAUAUUCCUUAUCCUAUUAGCAGGACUAUUGGUAACAACGUCAGCUAUAACCACUAACGUGAACACAGUUUCAUUUGCAGUCACCACAAUGCCAUCUCCAGAGAAUGCAACUUCCCCACCAGUCAACAUGACCUCACCACCACUCAAUGCAACCUCACCACCAGUCAACAUGACCUCACCACCAGUCAAUAAAACCUCACCACCACUCGAUGUAACCUCACCACCAAUAAACAUGACCUCACCACCAGUCAACCCAUCCUCACCACCAAUAAACACGACCUCACCACCAGUCAAUGUAACCUCACCACCAAUAAACAUGACCUCACCAGCAGUCAACCCAUCCUCAUCACCACUCAACACAACCUCACCGCCAGUCAACAUAACAUCAUCAUCAGUCAACAUGACCUCACCACCAAUCAAUGAAACCUCACCACCAGUCAAUGUAACCUCACCACCAGACAAUGAAACAUCACCACCAGUCAAUGUAACCUCACCACCAAUAAACAUGACCUCACCAGCAGUCAACCCAUCCUCACCACCACUCAACACGACCUCACCAUCAGUCAACAUGACCUCACCACCAGUCAACAUGACCUCACCACCAGUCAAUGUAACCUCACCACCAAUCAACAUGACCUCACCACCAGUCAACAUGACCUCGCCACGACUCAACACAUCCUCACCACCACUCAAUGCAACCUCACCACCAAUCAACAUGACCUCCCGACCAGUCAAUGAAACCUCACCACCAGUCAAUGUAACCUCACCACCAGUCAACCCAUCCUCACCACCAGUCGACAUGACCUCACCACCACUCAAUGCGACCUCAACAUCACUCAACGCGACCUCAACACCAGUCAACAUGAUCUCAUCAUCAGUCAACAUGACAUCACCAUCAGUCAAUGCAACCUCACCACCAAUCAAUAUGAUCUCACCACCAGUCAACAUGACCUCACCACCAAUCAACAUGACCUCACCACCAGUCAAUGCAGCCUCACCACCAGUCAAUGUAACCUCACCACCAAUCAACAUGACCUCACCACCAGUCAAUGAAACCUCACCACCAGUCAAUGUAACCUCACCACCAAUCAACAUGACCUCACCACCAGUCAAUGAAACCUCACCACCAGUCAAUGUAACCUCACCAACAAUAAACAUGACCUCACCACCAGUCAACCCAUCCUCACCAUCAGUCGACGUGACCUCACCACCACUCAACGCAACCUCACCACCAGUCAAUGAAACCUCACCACCAGUCAAUGCAACCUCACCACCAAUUAACAUGACCUCACCACCAGUCAAUAUGACCUCACCAUCAGUCAACAUGACCUCACCACCAGUCAAUGCAACCUCACCACCAAUUAACAUGACCUCACCAUCAGUCAACAUGACCUCACCAUCAGUCAACAUGACCUCACCACCAGUCAAUGCAACCUCACCACCAAUUAACAUGACCUCACCAUCAGUCAACAUGACCUCACCACCAGUCAAUGCAGCCUCACCACCACCAGUCACCACAAUGCAUUUGCCAGGUAAUGCAAGUUCUCCACCUGUAAAUGAAACAUCAGCACCCCCAAGAAUCACAACUAUUGGCGCUCCAGCUACAACCACAACAACUGCCCCACCACCAGAGCCAAAAAUUAAGUUGGGAUUUAAGUUGCAGCAAAUUUUUUCACCACAACUUACAAACAAAUCCUCACCACAGUUCCAGGAAUUAGAAAACAAAGUAACCACAGCGCUCAACAUGGUCUAUUCACAAAAAUAUGGAACUCGCUUCAAACAAACUGUCAUCAAGACCUUCAGUCAAGGAUCCAUUGUGGUAGAUGCUGAGCUGAUAUUCAAUAAUGUGACUACACUACCAAAUGCCAGUUCUGCAGCUGAAACCUUGGUGACUGCUGCUUCCAGCUCUAACUUUUCCCUCAGUGUCAACACAUCAUCUAUUAGUGCAAUCGUUGCGUCAGCACCAACUGAAGCGCCAGCCACAGUUGAACCUUCAACACUGAUGAACACAACUCCCUCACCAGUCAACGCAACCUAUCCACCAGUCAACAUGACCUCAUCACCAGUCAAGCCGACCUCACCACCAUUCAACGCAACCUCAUUCCAACCAAUCUCCACAAUGUCACCGCCAGGCAAUGGAACCCCCCCACUCAUAAAUGGAACAUCAACGCAUCCAGUUGUCACAAUUGGUGCUCUGGCUACAAUAACAGCUGCCCCACCAGCAGAAUCAAAGAUCAUGUUGGGAUUUAAGUUGCAGCAAAACUUUACAUCACAACUUGCAAACAAAUUCUCUCAAGAGUUUAAGGAUUUAGCAAACAAAGUAAAAGGAAUACUUGAUGAUGUCUAUAAAAAGAAAUAUGGAAGCAGAUUCUUUCAAUCUGUGGUCAACUCUUUCAGUCAAGGUUCAGUUGUGGUAGAUGCUGAGCUGAUAUUUAAUAAUGCCAGCUCAGUGCCAGAAACUGGUGCUGUGGCAAAUGUUCUGGUGGAGGCAGCGUCCAACAGUUCCAACUUCUCCCUUCCAGUGAAUGUAUCAAGCAUUGUUACUACAAAAAUUAGUACAUCAACAGCUGCACCUACAUCAGUUCCAACUAUGCCUAUCACUUCAGCUGGUGCUAAUGCUACAGCUGCUCCAACUGCUGCUCCUAAUGCUACAGCUGGCCCUACUGCAGCUCUGAACGUUACAGUUGCUCCAACUGCUGCUCCUAAUGCUACAGCUGGUCCUACUGCAGCUCUGAACAUUACAGUUGCUCCAACUGCUGCUCCUAAUGCUACAGCUGGCCCAACUGCUGCCUCGACUGCAGCUCCCAAUGCAACAGCCACUUCCACUGCUGUACCAGCUACUUCAACCACCACUGCAUCUACAAAUCCACCUUCAUCCAGUGAGGGAACCCUGGGUCUUCAGUUUAGUCUCAACCAAAUAUUUACAUCAGAUCUCUCCAACUCAUCCUCAGCAGCGUUUAAGACUUUAGCUGCAUCAGUGGUCAAUGAGGUAAACAAAGUGGGUAAAAAGCUGUAUGGAUCAUCUUUCCUUCGUUCCAUUGUCAAAGCAUUCAGGAGUGGAUCGGUGGUUGUCGACUUGACCCUUGUGUUCAAAGAUGAAAACUCAGUUCCUUCAGCAAGCAAUGCAACCUCACAACUCAGCAGUGAACUUACAAGCAACUCUACCUCCCUGAACAUUAUAUCAGGCAGCGUUUCUGCACAGUCAACAUCAACAUCAAGCAGUCCUCCUCGGACCACAAUGGGCUCAUUGGCAGUCUUUUCACUAACACUGCUGGCUGUGGCACAGAUGCUGAUACACUGACUUUGCCAAUAGCUUUUACUAUGCAGUCAAGUGUGGAAAAAAGCAAUGUACCAACAAACCAAUGACAUAAUAAGUGUUCAUUAUGAAAUUUGCCAAUACUAUGUCAUGUGGUAAAAAGUAGAAAAGGUUUCAAUCGUAGUCAUCUGGACACUGUUUUCAGAAUCAAGACGUUUAGGCUCCCAUCUGGAAGUCAUUCUCAAUUGUGUAAAAU